AGCUCUGUUACAUGAGGAGUUUGACGGGCAUGUUGUCGUCAUCAAUAUAGCAUUCUUCUAAGGCGUGUGACACCCAUGUCGAGAACGGGCUUGCAGGCUGUUGAUUUCGGAACAAAAGCUGAAUAUUUGACGCCAAUCCGUCCUGCGAGAGCAUUCCAGAUUGGGUUGCAAGGCCGGAUUAAGGUAGUUGUAUGGUCGCUCUUUUGAGCGGACCCUGAAAGGGGAGAACGGGCUUGGUUACGAGCUAAAGGAGCAUGGGUGGUCCCGAGUGUCGGACAAUCCAGCAGGGUUGCGCAUCCUAUCACUCGAAGGGGUUUCAACCACCCGACAGUGAGAUAGCUCUAGUAUUUUUAAAUCUCUGGGCGAGUCUGGGCCUCGACUUCAGCCUUGCAGCGCAUCUGGGAGAAGGGAGCUUGGGGGUUCACGGAAGUCCCAAGAUGGACCGAUCUGGCAGUCGAUGCAAGGAAGACGAGAGAACAAAUUGGCUUCUUGGACGAGCCAGCACGGGCGUUUCAAAAGUGAUCUGCUGGUUGGCUUCAAACACAAGUAUGACGACGACAGUCGAUCAAUCGGAUGUCACCAGGGAUUCGUCAGAGAGCGGUGGAGAUCCCGAGCAGGAUCUCUUGUUCCCCCCUGGCCGGGCACAUCUUUGCGUUGGCUAAAUAUCAAAAGCGGACGGGCUAAUUAUCAGCCACUAGAUCCGUUGGAUGAUGCGUUUCCCUGACAGGCUGACAGGACGCCAAACACGCGGAGCAGACGUACGCAUCCCCGCCCCAGGGAUUUCAGGACCGCUCUCCCUGUGAUCAAGUCUUCGUCGCUUGCCUUCGCCGAGUGGGAACUCUAGUAGUUUCUCAAAGAGCCGACUGAGACCGGCCUCAAACUUUUUUGAGCUUCCAAGAUAUUCUCGACUCCAUCCGACGCCAGACCGUCUUUUAAAAUCUUUCUUCGAGCCCGUAGAUA